AUGUCAACUAAAGACAGUAAAGCUUACUAUUCGGCAGAUGUUCUCUAUGGUAAAUGUGAUAAGCAACCAGCUGUUGUUGAAACUGUGCAGUUUCAUGGAAUUAAAGCGACUAAACGUGAUGCAUUGUUGAAAGAAAUUGCACAUCUCUACUCAGUUUCAACUCUACCAGAAUUAAUACGAUGUUGUAAUUUGGCUGCUAGGCAUUUUCAAGAAGUAGGUCUUCUCGAAAGUGUUACUCCAUUGAUUGAUUCAGUGAAUGGAAAAUCUGGCAAGUAUGUAAUCAAUUUUAUUGUGAAGGAACCUAAAAUGUUCAAUUUAAGUGUUAAGGCUGGUAUGACAAGUCGUGGAGAUGCUGAUUAUUCGUUGAAUGCAAGCAAAGAAAGUUUUGGAGGGCGUGGUGAAUCGCUAAAUGCAAGUUAUGCAUACACUUUCAAGAGAGAUGAGACUUUCAAUAUUUCGAUGUCUAAGCCUUUUCUUGGCUGGCAGAAAUAUUCGAAUUUGGGAUUUUCUUUGUAUCGAAGUUUCACUAAUUUACCAUGGAGUCUCAGCGAAACUAAAGAAAAUGGACUAGUUUUGCAGUAUAAUGGCCAGCUCUGGGAUAGAAAAAUUCAGCAUAAUAUAAAAUUAAAUACGAUCUGGCGAAAAUUUUGUCCGACAGAAAAAACAGCAUUUGCGGUUCGAGAAUAUGCAGGUUAUACGAUGAAAUGUUCAGCAGAGAACUCAUUAGCUUACGAUACUCGAGAUCGACCUAUUCUUUCUACAAAAGGCGUUCUGUUGAAGUUUACUCAAGAAUAUGCUGGCUUUCUUGGUGAUGCAACAUUUUUGAAGUAUCAGAUUACUGCUCAAGCGGCAACAAAGUUACUGAUGGGUUUGUUACUAAGCGCAUCGUGUCAAUUUUCAAUCAUACAUUCAUUACCUAAUCGUUCAUUGCAUUUAUUAGAUCGUUUAUAUGCUGGAGGCCCUUUUGACGUACGUGGAUUUAGUUGGAAUACUAUAGGAGAUCGAGUUGAUGGUUCGUCUUGUGUUGGAGGAGCAGCCUCUACUAUCGGCGUAAUACAUUUGUAUAGACCUCUUUUUCCACCAGAGAUGAUUUAUGCCCAUGCAUUUGUUGCUGGAGGAACUGUAGCAUCAGUUCAUUCUCGACAGCGAUUUCGAGAUAUGUUGGAUACAGUACGUGUGAGCACUGGAUUAGGAUUAACGUUUUUGUUUAAAAACUUUAUUCGAAUUGAAUUGAAUUACACUCUUCCAUUAAGGUAUAUGUCGGGUGAUCAAUGUUCGCCGUCGUUUCAGUUUGGUGCUGGCCUUAAUUUCUUAUGA